UGUGUGUGUCGGUCUGCGCGUGCGCCCCUCCCAACGUCAGCAGGCAGUGGUUUUUCUGGUUGAUCCGACUUCUUUUGGCUGCCUUUAUGGUUUACGUUAACACUCCGGGAGGGCAGAAAUGGCGGCCAACAUGUACCGGGUCGGAGAUUACGUAUUUUUUGAGAACUCCUCCAGUAACCCUUACCUGAUCCGCCGGAUAGAGGAGCUCAACAAGACGGCCAGUGGGAACGUGGAGGCCAAAGUGGUUUGUUUCUACAGAAGGAGAGACAUCUCCCACAGCCUCAUCCAGCUCGCAGACAAACAUGCAAGGGGAGAAUUGGCGUAUGAGUAUGGCUGUAUGAAGAUGGAAGGAAAGGAAGGUGUUGUUACCACACCAACAGAAGUUCUGGUGGGAAGCCGUCUACCUGCUUCCAGUGAUGUUUCACUUGGCCCUUUGGUCCCAAUAAAACAAAUUAUUGGUUACUCUGAAGAGGAGUUGGAAGAGGAGAAGGAGAGCCCGACAGAGACAGAACUAACAGAAAAACAGAAACACCAGCUUCGCCACAGAGAGCUCUUCCUCUCCCGGCAAUAUGAAAGUCUACCUGCGACACACAUCAGGGGGAAGUGCAGUGUGGCAUUAUUGAAUGAGACUGAAGCCGUUCUUUCAUACCUUGACAAAGAGGAUACCUUCUUCUACUCGCUGGUGUAUGACCCGACACAGAAGACCCUGCUGGCCGACAAAGGAGAGAUCAGAGUGGGGCCGCGCUUUCAGGCAGACGUACCUGAAAUGCUACAAGAAGGUGAGGCAGAUGACAGGGACCAGUCGAAGCUAGAAGAGAAGCUGUGGGAUCCAGAGUGUCCACUCACCAACAAACAGAUAGACCAAUUCCUAGUGGUGGCACGGGCGGUUGGGACCUUUGCUCGAGCGUUGGACUGCAGCAGCUCAGUCAGACAACCAAGCUUACACAUGAGUGCGGCUGCAGCCUCACGAGAUAUCACACUGUUCCAUGCAAUGGACACACUGCAUCGCCAUAAUUACGACCUGUCCAGUGCGCUGAGUGUACUGGUCCCAGCGGGCGGUCCAGUGCUCUGCAGGGAUGAGAUGGAAGAGUGGAGCGCCUCAGAAGCCGCUAUGUUCGAAGAGGCACUAGAGAAAUACGGAAAAGACUUCAACGACAUCCGACAAGACUUUCUGCCAUGGAAGUCUCUGACCAGUAUCAUAGAGUACUACUACAUGUGGAAGACCACAGACAGAUACGUGCAACAGAAGAGACUGAAGGCAGCAGAGGCAGAGAGCAAACUGAAGCAGGUUUAUAUCCCCACAUAUAACAAACCCAACCCCAACCAGAUCUCAAUGACCAAUGGCAAAAUGGCAACAGUGAAUGGAGCAGGCCCCGGGUCCUACCAUGCAGCAGGAGGGGGCAGAGCCUGCGAGAGCUGCUAUACCAUGCAGUCGGCCCAGUGGUACUCAUGGGGGCCUCCAAACAUGCAGUGCCGCCUGUGCGUUUCCUGCUGGAUGUACUGGAAGAAGUAUGGCGGCCUGAAGAUGCCGAGCAGAGCAGAAGGCCCAGAGGAAAGGACCUCCCCGAGUCCAGCAAGCAACGAGUCUCGUUCACGAGGUCACGCUCCUCGCCAGUCCAACCACAUGGUGCCCAUGCGAAACAGCGGCAGCCCCAAGUCCUCCAUGAAGACCAAGCAAGCUUUCCUGCUGCAGGCCACCCGCCUCACCAAGCUGGCCCGGCACAUGUGCCGUGACAUCAUCAGGCUGCGCCGCGCUGCGCGCCGGCCCUUUGUCCCCAUUAACUGUGGGGCCAUAAAGGCAGAGUACAUGUUAAGGGUGUCAGAAGGGCAGGGGACUCGCCUACCCAAAACCAGAGCCGCCCAAAGGAGCACUCUGACCAGUGUCCUCCAGUUUCUAGAGUCCCGUCCGGCAGCUCACGCCCCUCGCUCCCACCGCACCCCGGGCCUGCAGACGCCUCCCCCUCGACGCCUACUCUCCUCUCUCCCGCACGGCCCCCAUGGCAUGCUGGGAAAACGCAGCUACCAUCACCACAGCAGGGCUGAGCCGGACAGGCGCUCAGAGAACCCAGGUACAACAGGUGCACCCCUCCUCCACAACGGCCGCAGCAGCAGCAGUGGAAACACCCGAGGUGGAGUGAUGAUCCGUAAAAGACGCCCAAACUGGAUCGAUGCCCCCGAUGAUAGCUUCUUCCUCGUCACCCGGGAGACCAGGAGGGCCAGGCGGCUGCUGUCCCGCUCCCAGCUGAGGCACGCCUGCCGCCAGCCCUGCGAGCAGAUCACCCUACGCAGGGUCUCCCAGGGCCCUCCGCAGGGACUCGUCCUGGCCCCUCCGCACCCUCACCCCAGCCUGAGGAUGCGAGGCCCCAUCGUCAUCCACGACUGACUGGACACAGCCGACCUCCGACCUCCACACCCCACCUGCAUACACACUAACAAAUUCUCACCUCCUGUUCUCUCAUUGAAUCCUCAAAACUUUCCUCCUUUGCUUUUAGUCCUGGAGUUUUCUUCAUAAUCCACGACCACACUUAAACAAGCUGUCUCACUGUUUGGCAACAGAAGGAUGUGAUGAGCCGUGAUGCAAUAGAGACAUACACCUGACCUGACUGCAAGUGCUGCCUGUCUUUAAUCCCCUGGGAAUGUGUUUGUGUGCAUGUGAGUGUGUGACAGAGAGGCAGAGAGUGUAUGUGUGUGUGUAUGAGUGUGUGUGUGAUCAUGCCAACAACACAUGAGCGAAUGACGGGGAUGCUGACGUGUGCUGUUCUUAGUUUUUAUGGAUGAACAUAAUGACGGAGCUUUGUGUGACCUUUGUGUUGAUGGUGAAUUGUUGUGAAGUUUUAUCGGUUUGUAUAAAGUUAUUUUGGGAGGGGGGGGCUGGGGUGGGGGCAUGGGGGAUUAAGGUGGAAUGGGAAUGGGAUUGGAUGGGAAGGGUGGGGUGGGUGGGGUGGGUUUUCAUUUGUGGGGGACUGAGGGUCUUGUAACAAUGGAGGCAACUGUCCGAUACUGACAUACAAAAAAAAAAGAAAAAAAGAAAAGAAAAUGCACUAUACUGUGAGUGAAGCAGCAGCCUCUUGAGAAACGGCUUGCUUUAAAUUGUGUUUUACCUGCAGUUUUUCACGCUCAUCUCGAAGUUUAAAUCAAAAAGCUGGAGCCAGCGAUGACGAAUGACAACCUGCAGACAUUAUUUAACAAACCCUCUGUAACUCUACCCAGAAAGCUGAUUCACGGCGAAUCUGCAGGUUCGGAAACAUAACAAGGCAAAGAAAUAGAGCAAAGAGCUAAGCCUCCCUCAUGAACCAGUGUAUAAUAUAUUGUAUAUCUCAUUACAGCACUGUAAAUCUACUCAUCCUAUUUCUAUGGGCGACUGUACCUACCUAGCCCUAACUUGGGUACUAAAGCACUUCCUUUGCAGCAGAAAAGGGCAUGGAUCUGUCAUAUUUUACUCAAGUCUGUGAUGAACCAGCUAUAUUUUGAGGCCAAACAUGAGAGCAACUUUGCCAGCAGCUGUUUGCUAUUUGCUAGCAACAUCUAUUUUCUUCAUUGCAUUUGUUCUUUCAAGCUCCCGGUCAAGUCUCUCCAGUUUUCAGACCACUCCCUCCCUCUCUCUUUCUCUCUCUCUCCCUGCUGCAUGACAGUAUUGCCAAGGGGGCCUCAAAACAUUGCCGGUUAACCCAUCCAGGCUUCAGGUGUGUUUAUUAAUGAGUUUUAAAACUGGCAUCGCCGCCGCAUGUCUUUGAGGUGAGAGCCUCCUCUGACCAAUGGGUCAAGUGAUUUUCUUCUCUUUCAUUCAGAAUGUUUAUGUUAGUGUUUCCUGUAUGUAUUGUGUUGAAUUAUGAAUAUGCUGAAAAUAAUAAUAAUAAUAAUAAUGAUAAUAAAAAAAACCCAACAACAACACAGUGCCAGA